CCUGCUUUAUCUCCUUCCUCCAAACCACAGCAAGACGUCCCUGUCCUCCAGACUUUGCUCAGGGUCUAUCACCUCUAGGGCUCAGUGUGAUAAUUGGUGAUUUGUAAUAAUUUCUCCUUUUUAUUUUAUUAGUAAAUGAUACUGUCAAAAACGAAAAAAAAAUGCAAGUAAAUAAAAGAGGAAAGGUGAAAUCACCAUUGGAAGGUCAGCAGGGUCAACAUUUUAAUAAAUGUUCUUCCUCAAUACAUGCAUAUCGCUUAACAAAGGAGAUGCCAGUCAUUUGUUUUCUUGUAACCUGCUUUUAAAUAUCUUAAGAAAUGAGAACAGGAUUCUAUUGCAUUUUUCGAGCCCAUGUGGUACUUCCCACUUUGUGUGUCUUAUUUUUCAACUGAAUCCCCUUUGCUGGAGGUUUAGUUGCUUCCAAAUUGUUGAAUGGUGGAAACACCUACAGUUAACAUCCUUGCAGCCUGUGCUCAUUUUGAUUGCCUUUUUAUGAUAAAUUUCCAGGCAUGGAAUUCUUGAGAGAAAGAUGUCAGGUUCUUAAUGACUUCUGAGUAGGUGUCUUUACACACAAGUCACACAUUGUCCUGGAAGAGGAAAUAAAUUCACGUGCAAAACCCAUAGGAUCUUAGCCACGUCCCAAGGGAACAGGCUGGAGCUACCAGGCCACGAGUCCAGAUCAUCCCCGCUGCAGGGCAAGGGUGAUUGUUAUUAGGCUGGUGAUGGCGGUCUCAUGACUGUACCCACUGAUUUCCACCCUCCUCAUUUUGCCUUCGUAGAUCUCCAUCCUUUGUCAGGGCAGAACCAGAUGGCCCUGUCCCAGGGCACCUUGACCUUCAGGGACGUGUUUGUGGACUUCACCCUGGAGGAGUGGCAGCAGCUGGACCCCACUCAGAAGAACCUCUACAGGAAUGUCAUGCUGGAGAACUACAGCCACCUGGUCUCCGUGGGAUACCUCGUGGCCCAACCAGAUGGGAUCUUCAGGUUGGGGCAAGGAGAAGAGGAGGCCGGCAUGGCAGCUGGAGAAAGCCCAACGUGGAGCUGUCCAGAAUUCUGGCAACUUGAUGACCCAAUAGAUAACCACAAAGAAAGCCAAGACAAACCUCUGUGGCAGGCUGCAUCCAUAGAUAAGGAAACACUGAAGGAUGGAAGUGGCCAAGAAUUCAGAACAUACAGAAAAAUCAUUUAUCCAAGCACAGACUUUGUUCCUGUAAGACAGAGACUCCCUAAAUAUGAUUCAUGGGGAAAGAGUUCAAAACAUAAUUUAAAUUUUCUUAGUCAAAGUAGAAACUGUGUAAGAAAGAAAGAUGAUGAACGUAAGGCAUAUUGGAAAUUAUGCUUCCAUUCUUAUCUUGAUAAAGCUCAACCUGGAGAGAAAUUCUGUGAGCUUAAUGAACAUGGGAAAGCGGUCCACCAUAAGCAAGCCCUUAAUAAAAGUCCAAGAAUUCAAACUGGGGAGAAACUCUAUAAAUGUUCUGAAUGUGGAAAAGUGUUUAUCCAGAGAGCAAACCUUGUUGUACACCAGAGAACUCACACCGGAGAGAAACCUUAUGAAUGCUAUGAAUGUGCAAAAACCUUCAGCCAGAAGUCAACCCUCAUUGCACACCAGAGAACUCAUACAGGGGAGAAGCCGUAUGAAUGCAGUGAAUGUGGGAAGACAUUUAUCCAGAAGUCAACUCUGAUUAAACAUCAGCGAACUCAUACAGGAGAGAAACCAUUUGUAUGUGGUGAAUGUGCAAAAGCUUUUAUGAGUUCAUAUCACCUUAUUAGACAUGAAAAAACACACAUUAGACUAGCAUUUUAUGAAGCUAUCAAAUGUGGUAAGUCCAGCCUUAUACAUCAAAGGACUCAUACAGGUGAGAAACCUGAGUGCAAUAAACAUGGGAAAGCCUUUGAUGUGACACCCACACCUAUUAAACACCAGAGAACUCAUACAAAAGAGAAACCUUAUGAGUGCAGUAAAUGUGGAAAAGGCUUCAGGGGAAAGUCACACCUUUCUGUUCAUCAGCGAGUUCAUACAGGAGAGAAACCCUAUGAAUGCAGCAUAUGUGGGAAGACUUUCAGUGGAAAAUCACACCUUUCUGUCCAUCAUAGAACUCAUACAGGAGAGAAACCUUAUGAAUGCAGAAGAUGUGGGAAAGCAUUUGGUGAGAAGUCAACCCUUAUCAUACAUCAGAGAACUCAUACAGGAGAAAAACCCUAUAAAUGCAACGAAUGUGGCAAAGCCUUCAGUGAAAAGUCACCACUGAUUAAACAUCAGAGAAUUCAUACAGGAGAGAGACCCUAUGAAUGUAGUGAUUGUAGGAAAGCUUUCAGUAGGAAGUCAACUCUCAUUAAACAUCAGAGAAUUCAUACAGGAGAAAAGCCCUAUGAAUGCAGUGAAUGUGGCAAAGCCUUCAGUGUGAAAUCAACUCUCAUUGUACAUCACAGAACUCAUACAGGAGAGAAACCUUAUGAAUGCAGAGAAUGUGGCAAAGCCUUCAGUGGGAAGUCAACUCUCAUUAAACAUCAGAAAAGUCAUUCAGGAGAUAAAACCUAUUAAUAUACUUUAGAGUGAGAUAAUUUCACUAGUUAUAGCUCUUUUUUAUUAUAUAUCAAUUCAUUCAGGGAAGUAACCUUAUAAAUAUUAAGAAGGUCAAAAACUUCAUAUAGUAUUUAAUGUUCAUUUAACUUAAUAAAAUGCACAAAUGUAUAGUUCCAGAAGCAUAUAAUAAAUGUGAUCAAUUUUUCACCCAAAAUUCUUAUACAAGUGGAGAAUUGUAUAUCAGAGAAUUCCAAGUGGCAAAACCGUGAGUAUAUUGAUGUGGAAAAGACUUUAGAAAGAAUGUCCUUGCUUAUCAGAGUAUUUAUGCUGAGGAAAAACUAAGAAUUUAAUGAGUUUAGAAAACUGCAUUAGAAAUUAUGAGAGAAAUACAUUCCGUGUUCUAUACCACACAUUUUGUGGGAGAGGUGCAGAGGUUGCAAACAAGCACUCAAUCAUUAAGAUAUGUUCACUGUGGAGUAGAGUAUGACAUUUUUGAAAGAAAAAUAUAAAGCAUAAAAUUAUUAAUCCUAGCUAGGGCAAACUCCCAGUUUACUUCUUAAACAGAAAAAUCGCUUCCUUAAGUGUUGUGAAGGAGGAUGAGUCAUGAUCCCUGAAACAAAGGAGCUCAAACAGGAGAUCUUACAUAUAUUCAUCAAUACUUUCAGUGCAAAAAUGCAAACCCCUUACAGAAAAGGCAUGUAGUAAGCUUUGACACACAUCUCUUAGGAACAGUGCUUACAACUUAAUAUUUAAGGGUAAUAACUUUAUGGUUACAUUUUAUGCCUCAUUUUAUUAGUCAAUAAAAGAUUUUAAAUUUUCAGGUGAUCUCCCUUAACACAAUAUUAUUUAAAAUAGAAAAAAAAAUAAAAUUGAAUAUCCAAUAGCCAAUUGAUUAAAAAUUGAAAUAUCAAUAAGAUAGAAUAGUAUACACUAAUUAAAAUUUUUCCUAUAUUUGAGGACUUGGGGAAAUGUUUAUGGUAAUUGGCUAAGUGAAAAAACAUAAAACAAUGUACCACAAUUUACAUUGUAAAAAUACAUCAAGGAUGAAUAAUGCACCAUUAUAUCAGUGAUUCAGGAUGGCAGAAAAAUAGUUUUAUGCUGAAUAAAAUUAUGUGCACAUAUAUAUGUAUACAAAUAUAUUUGUUUUAUAUUUGUAUCUGUUUUAGAUGUGUGUGUAUAGGUAGACACACAGAACAAAAUCUCGGAAGGAAAUACACCAAAUUAUUAAGCAGAUUAUCAAGAUUAUCAUUUGAGUGGUAGGAUUAUUGAUUUUUUUAAUUUUUUUAAUGUAGUCUACAGAAACUACCAAUAAAAUAGUUUAAUCUUGUGCAUGCUCAAUUCUAUCGUCCCAUCCAUUUUCCCAUUCAGCUUUGUCUUUAAUAUGACAUCAUUCUGCUCUUAAAAUGACCCAAUUUUCACAUAUGUGUAUAUAUUCCCUAUUCCUUUUCCAUGUGGUUGUCCGAGUGUAUGGUUUUGAGUAUAUGUUUUGCAUCUUGACAAUGUGUAUCCUGUGAUUUUAAUAUCUGUAUGUUAUUUUUUCAAUAAAAAUCAGUAUCUCCAUAGUUCUUUACUCUGUAACCAUCAAAUCCUGUUACA